AUGUUUGAGGCGCUAUGGGCCGCUGGCGUACGGUAUUGUUUCGUAAAUUUAGGAUCUGAUCACCCCGCCAUCAUGGAAGCAAUGGUUAAAGGCCAACAGGAGAGACCGGACAAGUUCCCUAAAUUUAUCACUUGCCCAAGUGAGAUAGUUGCGCUGUCUAUGGCAGAUGGCUAUGCUCGAUUCACGGGAGAACCUCAAGCCGUCAUCGUGCAUGUUGACGUUGGCACUCAAGCGCUCGGCUGUGCCGUACACAAUGCCAGUGUCGGCCGCGCGCCUGUGCUCAUUUUUGCCGGCCUAUCCCCCUGCACUCUGGAGGGUGAAUACCGCGGUAGCAGAACCGAGUUCAUCCACUGGCUACAGGAUGUCCCGGACCAGAAAGCAAUCGUAUCACAAUACUGUCGCUAUACCGCCGAACUGAAGAAGGGCAAGAACAUCAAACAGAUGGUGAACCGAGCCUUGAGCUUCGCGAAAAGCGAGCCCCGGGGGCCAGUCUAUUUGCAAGGAACUCGAGAGGUUAUGGAAGAGAUUAUCGAGCCGUACGAGAUUCGACAGGAGUUCUGGAGCCCCGUGGAGCUUGGCGGGCUGACACCGAGGCAGCUGAAUCAGGUUGCCGAAGCCUUGGUGUCUGCUCGGGAGCCUCUCGUCAUCACCGGCUAUAGCGGACGUAAAACCACCGUGGUACCUUUGGUCGUUGAGCUGGCAAAUAUUAUCAAGGGCCUGCGGGUUCUCGAUACGAUGGGGUCGGAUCUCAGCUUCCCUGCCGAUCACCCGGGCUGGCUGAGCGUGAGAUACGGCUCAGACGAGGCCAUCACCACAGCCGAUGUGAUACUCGUUGUUGAUUGCGAUGUGCCGUGGAUCAACACACAAUGCAAACCCGCCGAAGACGCGAAAAUCUUUCAUUUCGAUGUCGACCCUUUGAAAGACCAGAUGCCUGUCUUCUAUAUCGAUGCGAUCCUGCGUUGUCGUGUGAACACCGAGUUUGCCCUGGAACAAAUUGUGCAACAUUUAAAGAAUGAACGUUCAGAUCAAAUCAGGGCAAAUCAUGAGUACUACUUAGGCCGAUGGUCAGCCCUUCAGACAUCCUACACACGAAAGAUAAACGCAAUAGCUGCGCAGGCGGAGCCGAACCCAGAUGGUUCGUUCGGAUGCGGCUUUCUCAUCUCAAGUCUCCGGAAAGCAUGUCCCAUCGACACUAUAUGGGUCAUUGAAGCCGUCACCAACACCUUCACCGUGGCCGAUCAGCUACAGGCAACCUUGCCGGGGAGCGUAUUUAGUUCUGGUGCAGGUGGGCUCGGCUGGUCGGGCGGCGCAGCUCUUGGUAUAAAAAUGGCCACAGACUCCCUUCACGGAGGGAAAGUGCUCAACAACAAUGGUUGGAAUGCACCUCGGAAGUCUCUGCUUCUUGUUCACCCCGAUGGACUGGGAUCCCAAGUCAGCAACAAAGAACUGAACAUAUCAUUCGAUCCAAACCCAGAUUACGCCACCAUUGCAAAAGGUGCAUCUGGAGGUAAAUCUUGGGCGGGAAGCGCCAGCACUGUCGAGGAACUGGGGGUAAAGUUAUCCGAGGCUGUGGAUGCUGUACAAAACGGCCGGUCUGCUUUGCUGGACGCACGGAUACAGUAG